UGUUUCAUUAGUGGCUUUUAAUUGGCUUUUACGUUAUCGAAAAUCUUAUAUUAAGCCUGAUAACUGCCGUAUUUGAAUCAUUGCUGCUCGACUGAUAUAGUCAGAAAUGGCUUUGGUUAACUUAUUGCUAUGCCGCGUCGUUUCUGGGGAAUAAGACGGUUGCUAAGGAUGCCUUUGGCGGAGGCGGGGGAUCAAUACUCAAUAUGGGUUGGCCUAAUAUACGUAUUCAACCUGAUCGUGGGCACGGGCGCGCUGACGCUGCCGGCGGCGUUCGCGCGGGCCGGCUGGGGCCUCAGCACCAUCUCGCUCGUGUUCCUGGCGUUCAUGAGCUUCAUGAACGCCACCUACGUCAUCGAGACCAUGGCGUGCGCCAACGCCGUGUACAAGUGGAAACUGCUGCAGUCUAUUAAGAGGGACAGUGUGCAAGAGCAUGAAGGCCACGAUUCAGACGAGCCGACAAACGAUAUGGAGGAGCCGCUCGUCUGUGCUUCCGUGCCUUCUCGUUACUACAGCCUGGACCGACGCGUCGAGCUCGGCGAGAUGGCCAACCUGUUCCUCAACCGCACCGGCAGAACCCUGUUCUACUGCACGCUCUGCGUUUAUCUGUUCGGCGACCUGUCUAUAUACUCCGCGGCUGUUGCAAAAUCAGUCAUGGAUGUUGUUUGUUCAUCCGUCCCCACGAACCUGACGAACUCGUCCGAUUGGGACGCGCUGCCGUGUUUCAACAGCACCAGCCCCGAACCGUACACCCGACUCGCUUGCUACAGAACCGCUCUGCUCUCCUUCACCGCCGCCAUUGGGCCGUUCGUCUUCUUCAACGUGCAGAAGACCAAGUAUCUGCAGCUGUUUACAACUGGCAUGAGGUGGUUAGCAUUCACCAUAAUGAUAUCGUUCGCGAUCCACCUGCUGGUGCACUCGGGCGCGCAGGGCCACCCGCCAGCCUUCGACUUCAGCGGCAUGCCGACACUCUUCGGCGCCUGCGUCUACUCCUUCAUGUGCCACCACUCCCUGCCCGGCCUCAUCUCUCCUAUCAGAGGCAAACAACGCCUCGGCUUACACAUAGCUCUAGACUACGCUCUUAUAAGCGCCUUCUAUCUACUUCUAGCCUUCACUGGAGCCUUCGCGUUCGCACAUUUAAACGAUCUAUACACCUUAAACUUUAUACCCACACACGAUGACAAUCUAUUCGUUAAAAUCAUUGAGUAUUUCUUAGCUUUAUUCCCAGUGUUCACAUUGUCUACCAGUUAUCCAAUAAUAGCUAUCACUUUGAGGAACAACUUGCAAAGCAUGUUUCUUGAUAUGACUCGUUUGGAGUCCUAUAACUUUGUUUUACGUAAAUUAUUGUUUCCUAUAGUGGCAGUCGCGCCGCCUCUAGUAGUUACAUACUUCUUAGAAGAUAUAGGUGUACUUAUUGAGUUUACAGGGUCUUAUGCGGGUACUGGUAUUCAGUAUUUGAUACCCACGUUUUUAGUAUUGUCCGCGCGUCGGCAUUGUACUAAUUUAUUAGGUUUAGGGGUCGCGAAUCAGUACAAAAGCCCGUUUUCAAAUAAUGCUUGGGCAAUUUUUGUGUUAGUGUGGGCUAUCGUGUGCGUAAUAUUGGUAUCAGUAAACAUUUUCGAAAAGAAUUCAUGACCGUAGGCUUGUACGUAUAUAGAAUAAAAUAGAAUAUAUUUUAUUUGUAGUAAUUGUACAUACUACUACAGACAAAUGCCUAAUAGACUCAAUGUGGAAAUUGUGGAGGAAUAUAGCGUCAGCUUUCAAAAGCACCCGAGGCCCAUUUAUUUACAAGAACGGUUUACGCCAAUUACACUUGCUACUAUGCUAAUGGUAGGCAUAGUUACAUUUUGCUAUAUACCUACAAUAAUGCAAAAUCAGUUUAAUUACGCACGCUCGACGCUGUCUCCCGCCGAUAUACAUUUGUUUUAUCUAAUGCGUUUGGCAUCAGCGUCGAUCGUACGUUUCGUGGCCGAGUCAAUACUCUUAAGUAUAUGCUCAACUCCUUGCGUCUUUUCGGUCUUUUAGCGCCACUUGCACCAACCCACUAAUCUGGGGUUAAUCGGUUAAACCUGGAGUUACCAUGGUUACCAGUACAAUUAGACACUGAGUUAACGGUUGACCGGUUAACCCUGGGUUAGUGGGCUGGUGCAAGUGGCGCUUAAUGUUCAUCUGUUUAUGGCAUGUUGAAAUAAUUGUAUUAAAAGAUGUAUUAUUAAUAAUGUUGUUAUUGUCAAAGCGCAAAGAUAAUAAUCGUGUAACCUAAGACUCUGUAAUUAAACUAAAGAAUAAAUAAGUACAAUAAUUUAUUUAGCUUUAGUUGUCUUUUCAUAGUUUUGUAAAUGAUUAUUUAUGUCUGCGCUCAAUGCUUGAAGUCUUCCGAUUGUAGUCUUCAUGUGUUUAUUACCCGACUAACAGAAAAAGGAAGGGUAAUGUUUUGUAUUAUUUUACUUAAUACUGCCAAAGUUGGUGUAACUAAGAAUUUUAUAUAAUUUCUAACUCUGUACAGUGUUUUAAGAAUUUGUUAACUAACGAUCAAUGAACCUGGUCAACAAUAGUAAGUACAUUGUGCAUCGAGGGGGGUAAGUAACAUUUUGCUAACGAGGUCUAUAUAAUUAGACUCGAGUUAGCAAUAUUUUUACCCCCGGAGUUACACACAAUGUUUUUUAUCACACUUGCAAAGAAAAACCUAAAUUUUAAGCGAAAUAAUUCUUAAAUACGGUGACAUUCGUAAGGCACGGACCCGUUCGGCAUUCAGCCACGAUUGAAAAUUGUGUAAUAAAUAUUUUAAACGGCUAUUACCUAAAUAAUCAAAUUAAAUACUUAUUUUCAAACAUAAACAAAACAAUUAAAUUAUAAACGUUAGUAUUUUGAAAGUAAAACUCAUUUUAUGCCUUGACUUUUAACAAGUAUGUUACUUAGAUCCUACUUGGUUCGUAUGAGUUAGUGACCCAAUUAAAAAUAAAGCUUUAACUCCCGUGGGAGUAAAAAUGAUUUUAGCUCCCGCUGCUCAUGCAUAAACUUACAGCUAAGGAUGCCAAAACGCAUGCGGUAGAGACAAUAGGGUAUUCUCCAAUCAUUAGUCAAAUCAGUUUCUUUUUUAGAACUGUCAAAACGAUUUGCUAAUAUGGAAUUACACAAUGACGUCAACUUUUCUAUCCUACU